CUCAGACUCUACGAAGGGAAAGAAAAAACAGAAUUCCAGGCUUCUUUGCAGCAAUUCUUCCUGUCUGUCAAUCAGCUGAUGAAAUCCACACUGGAGAAUACAACCCUGCUAUCCCAGGGAGCCGCUCUGAAGUACCUGCCUUCGAUUCUGGAAGAUGUGUUUGGGAUCUUCGACUCCUCUGUGCUAGGGUGCUUGCUGCGGGAUUUCAUUGGGAACCUGCCCCCUCUGCGCCUGCUUAAGCAGAAGCUGCAGUCCCUGACGGAAAUAGUCAACAGCAAGAUCUUCCAGUCCUAUGAGUGUCGAGAGAUGCUGCUGCAUACUACAAUCCCCAUCCUCCAGGAGCUGAUUGCGAAGGGAGAGGAGGAGGAGGCUUGCAUUGAGCUGCUCAGCAAUAUCCUGGAGGUGCUGUACAAAGCCCAGAAGAGAGCAGAAGAGUGGCUGACACAUCAGAGUGGAGAAGAGAGACAGCACAGUGAGGACUCUGAGCUGAGGAAGGUGAAAGGGCACGUGCAGGUGAUUCUGGAGCAGCUGCUGCGCACUGUCAAUCGCAGGGUGAUUGGCCUCGGCCAGGAACACGACCUAAGAAGUCACUACGUGGCCUGCAUGGCAGCCAUCCUGAACCAGAUGGAUGAGGCCCAUUACAGCUCCUACAUCCAGGCCUUCUCAGCCCGGACCGACCUGGUGGACUUUCUCAUGGAGACCUUCAUCCUGUUCAAGGACCUGAUCGGCAAGACGGUGUAUCCCUCUGACUGGAUGGUGAUGAACAUGGUGCAGAACCGGGAGUUCCUCCGAGCCAUCAACCAGUUUGCUGACACCUUGAUCCAGAUGUUCCUGAGCAGCAGCAGCUUGGAACUGCAGCUUUGGAACAAUUAUUUCCACCUGGCAGUUGCCUUCCUCACCCAGGAUUCCCUGCAGCUGGAGAACUUCUCCCAGGCUAAGCGCACCACCAUCCUUGCCAAGUACGGAGACAUGAGAGCCACAAUUGGAGCCGCCAUCCGGGACAUGUGGUACAACCUGGGCCAUCACAAGAUUCGGUUUAUCCCUGGCAUGGUGGGCCCCAUCCUGGAGAUGACGCUGGUACCCGAGCUGGAGCUGCGCAAAUCCACCAUCCCUAUCUUCUUCGACAUGAUGCUGUGCGAGUUCCAGCGGACCAAGAACUUUGGCAUGUUCGAGGACGAGAUCCUGCGCAAGCUGGACAGCGAGGUGGAGGGCGGCCGUGGGGAUGAACAGUACAAGCAGCUCUUCCAGAGCAUCCUGCUCAGCUGCUGCAGGAAUCACCCCGAGCUGGCCAAGCCCAGUGAGAAGUUCGUAGCCCUGGUCACGGGCCUGCUGGAGCGGCUGCUGGACUAUCGCGCUGUCAUGAACGACGAGAACAAGACGUACAGCAUGAGCUGCACUGUCAACCUGCUGAACUUCUACAAGGAAAUCGACCGCCGGGCCAUGUACAUCAGGUACCUGUACAAGCUCAAGGACCUGCACGUCAGCUACGAAAACUACACGGAGGCGGCCUACACCCUACUGCUGCAUGCGCGGCUCCUCAAGUGGUCGGACGAGCCGAACACGGCCCCCAUGCAGGGCUCCCACAGCCAGAGCCUGCACACCCAGCGCCAGCUGAAGGAGGCGCUCUACAACCAGAUCAUCCAUUACUUCGACCAGGGCAAGAUGUGGGAGGAGGCGAUUCACAUCUGCAAAGAGCUGGCUGAGCAGUACGAGAGUGAGGUCUUUGAGUACGAAAUGCUGAGUGACAUCCUGCAGCGGGAGGCAAAGUUCUACGAGAACAUCCUGAAGGUGCUGCGGCCCAGCCCAGACUACUUCGCCGUGGGCUACUACGGACAGGGCUUCCCCACGUUCCUGCGGAACAAGGUGUUCAUUUACCGAGGCAAGGAGUACGAGCGCCGGGAGGACUUUGAGAUGCGGCUGCUGACUCCCUUCCCCUACGCCGAGAAGCUGCAGACCACGUCCCCGCCGGAGCAGGACGUCACCGACUCACCGGGCCAGUAUAUCCAGUGCUUCACCGUGCAGCCCGUGGAGGAGGCCAGGGACCGAUUCAGGGGCAGGAACGUCCCCGAGCAGAUUGUCAAUUUCUAUAAAACCAACAACAUCCAGCAGUUCAGCUACUCGCGGCCCUUCAGGAAAGGCCCGAAGGACCCUGACAAUGAGUUUGCGACCAUGUGGAUCGAGAGAACGACCUACGUGACAGCCUAUCCGCUGCCUGGGAUCCUGCGCUGGUUUAUGGUCACAGCCACCGCCAGAACCAUCAUCAGCCCCCUGGAAAAUGCCAUCGAGACCAUGAAGAAAACCAAUGAGAAAAUCCUGACCGAGAUCAACCGGCACCACAGCGAGCCCAGCCUGCCUGUCAAUCCGCUUUCCAUGCUCCUCAACGGCAUCGUGGACCCAGCCGUCAUGGGGGGCUUCGCCAAGUAUGAGACGGCAUUUUUCCAGGAGGCCUACCUGACAGAACACCCCGAGGACCAGGCCAGUAUUGAGAAGCUGCAGGACCUGAUCGCCUGGCAGAUUCCGCUCUUGGCAGAGGGGAUCCGGAUCCACAGCAGGAAGGUGACCGAGGACCUCAGGCCCUUCCAUGAGCGCAUGGAGCAGUGCUUCGUGCAGCUGCGAGCCAAGGUGGAGAGCCAGUACGGCCUGCGGGAACUGCCCUUCCUGGAGGAGAGGCGCGGAGGCCGCCCCCACUCCAAGCUGCCGGGCCCGGAGACAGAGCCACCCAGCCGCCCGCACCAAGAUAGCACAGAGCCCCCUCCCUCCAGGAAGUCAGUGUCCUGUGCUCCUGAGCGUCCCCCUGAGGCCGAGGAGCGCAAGAGCGACCGCAGGGAGAAUCGCAGCAGCACUUUCUUUGGGUACCGGCGGCAGGAGCAGCGCCAGUCCGUCUUGGAGCCCCCGGAGCCCAAGGAGGAGAAGUGGAGACUCUCCUGGAACAUGACUGAGAGCUGCCUGGCCGGUGCCGAGGGAAAACAGUCACCCCUGGAGAGAGAUGCCAGCGCUGCAUCUCCUAGUGCAACAGGGGCGUCAGGAUCCCCCCGGGGCUUCGCAGGUCGGGUGAAGAGCGCCAGCAAGGCCCCCCCACUGCCCCGCAAAAUCAGCUCCAGCGUCUAUGAGACCUUCAUGGAGCAAAACGCCACACCCAACAGUGGGAAGCAGCUGACAGUGGAUGGAAGUAAAGGGCUGAAAUCACCACCCCCACCACCCCUCAAAUCCAAGCGCAUAUCCCAGGCCUGACCUGGCCCACUGCCCGCGAUCGGCUCCCUCGCUGUCCCGCUCAGGAGGGUGACUUUGCUGAUGAAGGUGUUUGCUGGCUGCUUGGCACACUCCCCCCCACCCCCCUUGCUGGCUGAGCCCUGGGCCAGACUGAGUCGUCUUUCCUAUGGCAGCCUGAGCAUCCCACCACCCCCGCACCCUGGUUCCCGUGUGCUUGGAGCUGCAGAAGCCCCAGCCUAGCCCAGCCUCCCGCUCACAGGAGGCACCAGCCUAGGUCAGGCCUAGGGCCCGUCUGCCCCUCUGAGGAAUGUGUAGGAAACAUUGGAGCCAGCAAAUCUGCCCCGGUGAAGGACUGCUCCAGCCCCAGGAGUUAGAGGUUGCCACAGCCCUGAAGCUGGGCUCUGGGUCCCCUCCCAGCUCUCCUUUUCCUAUCUGUGCUCUGGAUAAAGGCCCAGCCCCUAAGCCGUCCUGGGGCAGUGAGUUUCACAGGCGAAUGCAAUUCUGCCUGGGGGAAACAUUUCCUUUGAAUUGCCCCCCGUUCCGCUCUACGGCCUGUGGGUGUGCUGUGAGGCCGACAGAACAGGGGCUCUGCUGCCUGGGGGCCGCGCACUUAGUAUUUGAUAGACUCAGGCCACCCGCUCAGCAGGAACACUCCCCAGUGGGGCAGCCCCUUGGUACAGGACAGUUUGCCAGGUCCUGACCCCCUAGGGCUGCACUGUCCCGGGGCGGGGCUGGCGAUGGGCAGCCCCUGAGCACCCAUUAACUCUCACCCCAAGCUGGUCACAGAGCAGCACUGAAAUAGGCUCCGUAUCAGCCACUCCCAGAGGCUGCGACCCUGGAGUCGCGGUGCAGUGAGCUGUCUCCAGCACCGCUGGGGCUCCGCUGCAGCAACCGCAGAUCAGUUCAGCUAAGGCCAUUUCCCAUCGCCUGAUCCCAGCCAGCCUCCCGCACUGCGGGCAGCGCCCAUGGACUGAGCCCCUCCUGUGUGGGGCAGGAGCCAGCCUGUUGCUGCUCGAUGUGAGGCAGCCUGACGGGCUUAGCGUCCCCACCAUGGGCCAUCGGGGUCUGUGUUCUGCCCACGUUCCUCACAGCAGCUCCUUGCGCACCCCCAGCUGCCCAGGCCCCACUGCUUGCUCAGCACGUACCUGCCGCACUGCUGGGGGUUGUGUGCCUGGGGCCAUGGGCUGCCUACCAAUAAAGAGACUAAAUUCUCCAGGCUGUGCCCAGCUCCGACCUCAGGCCAGCGGUGGCGGGGAGGUAGGGGAAAGCAUGAAAGCAAAGGCUGAAGGACAAAACAGACUAAAGGGGUGGGGUGGGGCUCGCAGGGGGCACUGGAGGGGAUGAGGGGGCACUGGAGGAGGCAGGGGCUGGGCUGGGGCUGGGCUGGUUUACCCAGCAGUUCAGGCAACUGAGGCCUGGCUCAGAAAGGCGCCGCAUCCUGAGGCCAGCUGGGCAGGGGCACCAGAUUCACUGGCAUCCCAUCCCCCUCCCAUGAAGAGCAAGUGGGGCUGGGACCACCCCAGGUUCCCUGGGGCAGCUGUUGCGGGGGGUGGGGAGUGUUCUGCUUCCACACCCGGGUGCAACAUGUCCCUACCCAGCCCUUGCAGCCUCCCAGCCAGGGGCUGUGAGCACAGGCAAACCUACAGCAACCGCCAAGAAUCCUGCUACGGCCAGAGCCCUCUUCAGGCCAAGUCAGCCCAUGGGAGAUGCACAGAGGGGAACACUCAGCCCCAACCCCUGCUGCUCUAACCACUAGACCCCAUUGUUCCCAGAACCAGGACUGAAACCCCACCCCCCAGUGUCCUGGCUACCUGCCCCCUUCCCAUUGCAGCUGCCUCAAGUUUUUUGAGACAUUCAAUCAGCCAGGGAGCCACAUCUGGGUCCCUGCAUCAGCAGCUUCCUUUGGCCUCUGGGUUGCCUGGUAGCCCCUGGAUGGGGGGGGGGAGUGGCAGGCCCCAGCAAUGCCGCACAUGCCUGGCCAUGGGCCCAGCAGGAGGCUGGCUGGGUGGGGGGGCACAAGGCCUUGCCCCAUGGGGUGGCAGCAGCUGUGAGCUGGCCCCAGGCAGAUCCCAGCUCAGCCCGUGGUGCCCUUAUGCUCAUCUCAGUGCAGAAUGUGGCCCAGGAGUGGGUCUGGGCUGACCACAGCUGAGCCGCCAGCGCACAUCAUGGCCAGUCACUGUAGUGGCUGAAGGGGCAGCAGUGACUGGGGGGUGCUGGUCCAGGGGCAAUCUGUCAGUGCCCCCCCUGCAGGUCCCCUCUGUACCCAUGGGGACACAGGGCACAUCCUAUGGCCUGGACACGCACGACCUCCCAGCACCCUGGGAUCACAACAUCCACCAGGGGCAGGGAGAAGAGCGAUGGUUUGCAGUGACCCCUUGCCCCCCAGCUGUGGUACAGGACCAGACCCUGCCCGAACUGGCCCACAGUGGGGUCCUGUGGGAUGUAGCCCAGCCAUCAUGGGGCUCCGACUCCGCUUCAAAGCCCAGGGCUGGAUUCUGACCCCCAUCCCCGGCCAGAACUUGGGAGUCCUGGCUCCCUGCCCCCUGGUCUAACCAUUACUCACGUACGACCCUCCCCACCCCCUUGCUGAGGCCAUCACAUGGCCAUUACAAAGCCUCCCCCCGCCACAUUUCUCCACACUGCUGACUGUGCAGACACUCCCCCCGCCCCCCGCUGUCUCCUUG